CAGAAACCUUUUUGGAAAAUUGAUUAGGAUUGGUUUUGGAGUUUCAUGUCAAAUAUCAAAAUAUUGCUUGUCUACAAAAAACAGUUUAGUCCUUCUAGAGUACUUAAAUAUUUUUUAAGUUGUCACAAAUAUUAUAUUUAUUCAGCCAUUUUUCAGUAGUUACUCAGGAAAAUAAGAAAGAUUAAAAUACACAGAGCGCGUAGUUUUAAUAAUAGUAAUAUAAUAUAAUAUUAAACUCUAUCUAAAUUGCACCUUAUUUCAAAACACAGUUACAAGGUGCUUUACCAUUUAAAAAACUGAGAGUCCAUCCCUCUGCUGCAGGUGUGUAACUGUCUCAUGCUGGUGGUCGGUGUUGUGCUCAACUCUUUGGCUCUCUACGUCUUCUGCGGGGUCUCAACCCACUCCUCCGCCUCUGUGGUUUACACCAUGAACUUGGCUGUAGCCGACCUGCUGGUGGCGCUGUCACUGCCCGCUCGCAUAGCCCUGUAUCACAGCGGAGGGAGCUGCGUGGCUUGCUCCUACGUCCACACCUUCAGCUACUUUGUCAACAUGUACUGCAGCAUCCUGUUCCUGACCAGCAUCUGUAUAGAUCGAUACCUCGCAGUCGUCCACGCGUCCGGCACCCUCCAUCGAUGGAGGACCGCAGGGGCAGCCAGGUGUGUCAGCGCCGCAGUGUGGCUCAUAGCAGUGGUGGUCACCUACUCUUUUCAGACCACAGCGUUGGGGUUCAGCUCCUCCUGCGUGCUCCUCCCCGCCCUCUUCUACCUCACCAUCCUGGAGUUCGCCCUCCCCCUCCUGGCUGUGGUGGUCUUCACCCUGCGCGUCGCCUGUUUCCUCACCUCCAGCCAUGGCCUGAUGCCGCAGCAGAGCAGGGCGAGGAGGGCCCGUGCCGUCAGGCUUUUGGCUGCCGUCCUUGUGGUCUUCACCGUGUGCUUCACGCCCUUCCACGUGCGCCAGGUGCUGGUUUACUUCCGGGUCAAGGUCGGUGAGGAGUGGCUGGGCCAGGAGGCGGGGCACGUGCUGGCCUAUCACAUCACGGUGACCCUGAGCAGCCUCAACAGCUGCCUGGAUCCAGUGGUUUACUGCUUUGUGACGGACAGCUUCAAGAGAGUGUGGAGGACAAGGAGGAGGGGAGGGACGGAGUGGGAGGCUGGGCAGUCGAGUGGUGGCGGGGGAGAAGGGGAGAGGAACUCAGUGAAUAAAUGUUCAGGGGCGGUGCUGGCGAUAGCUCACAGUGUGGCCACUCUCACCCUCACCAGCAGGCCCCUGUCUGCAGCCAGCGUGGACCAGUCUGCUUAGACCAGACAGCCUCCCCCUGGAUGAGUACAACAUGAAACUACCCUCUUAAGUCUGGUUGGGGACCUCGGAACGGCUGAUGUGGGGGCCCCCCAGUUCCCUUUUUUCCCUGUGGCCACAAAAGCU